AUGUUGCUUACCAAGGUUCGAGGUGCAAAAUCUUAUGAAGAUAUUAGAACCGUUAAUGGCAUUGUGCACCCAACAUUUAAAUCUGCAUGCCUUGCACUUGGCUUACUUGACGAUGAUAAUGAAUGGGACGCAGCUUUAACAGAAGCCUCAACAUGGGCAUCAAGUUCUCAACUGCGAAAUAUGUUUUGCUCAAUGCUAAUGUUUUCUGAGGUUACAAAUGCAUAUGAAUUGUGGGAGAAUCAUUGGUUUGACCUUACUGAUGAUUUACAAAAUAGGGUACAAAGGCAAAUUGGGGAUGGCAAUAUAAGUCUCGAAGAAUGUGAAUUGAAAAAUUUAGGAUUGCUUGAAAUUGAGCACAUACUAAAUCAGAAUGGAAGGUCUCUUAAAGAGUUUCCUCCAAUGCCACUACCAUCAUAUCGAUCAGGUCAAAUGGUUACUAAUAGGCUCAUAAGGGAGGAAUUGAACUACGAUAACAUUUCAGAAAUGCAAUCUUUUGAAUCUUUAUAUGUGGGAUUGAAUGAUGACCAAUUAAAAGUGUUUAACACCAUAAUGGAAGCUUAUUCCACUCAUCAUGGGGGCUUAUUUUUUGUGUAUGGCAGUGGAGGAACUGGAAAGACAUAUUUAUUGAGCACUUUAAUUGAAAAAUUUCGAUCCGAUAAGAAGAUCAUUCUUUCUGUUGCAUCAUCAGGUAUUGCAGCUUUGCUCUUACCCGGGGGACGAACUGCCCAUUCCCGUUUCAAGAUUCCACUUGACCCUGAUAACUCAUCAUGUUGUUCAAUAAAUCAAGGGACAGAUUUGGCAAGGUUAAUUCAAGAGGCGUCGUUAAUUAUAUGGGAUGAAGCACCAAUGGUUAGUCGUCAUGCUUUUGAAGCUGUUGAUAGUACAUUUAGGGACAUAUUGAAAAAUACAGAACAUUGUUCAGAGGAUAAGGUUUUUGGUGGAAAACUAUUUGUGCUUGGUGGUGACUUUAGACAAAUAUUGCCUGUCGUACCUAGAGGUGGGCGUGAACAAACAAUGGAAGCUUCAUUACCUAAGUCAACAAUUUGGGAGCAUUGUCAAGUUUUGCAUCUUACCAGAAAUAUGCAUGUUACAGCACAAGAUAUUUCUAAUCAUACGCGUCAUGAAUUAUGUGACUUUGCAGAGUGGAUUAAAUUGGUUGGUGAAGGGAAAAUAAUGGGAAGCUCGUUUAGUGAAGGCUAUGAACCUAAUUGGAUACAGAUACCAGAAAAAUUUGUUAUAAAAAAUGGAGAAAGAGAUUUGCACCAGUUAAUCGAUGCCACCUAUCCUGAUUUCAUAAAUAAAUAUCAGGAUAUGUCGUACUUAAAAGAACGAGGCAUUUUAUCUCCUAAAAAUAGUGAUGUUGAUGAAAUCAAUUCUAUUAUGCUUUCAAUGCUUCCUGGAGAGAUGAAAACUUUUAACAGUGCUGAUAAAUUGUGUCCAACAGAAAGUGAGAGCAAUGUUCAAGACAUGAACCCUCCUGAACUUUUGCAUUCUUUGAAUUUACCAGGACUUCUAAAUCAUUGUUUGCAGUUGAAAGUUGGAACACCAAUAAUGCUUCUAAGAAAUGUCAACCAAUCUUUGGGAUUAUGCAAUGGCACUCGAUUAAUUGUUGAUAAGAUGGGAAAUCGAGUAAUUGAAGCUAGAGUUAUUACAAGGUCUAGAGUUGGUGAGAAAGUACUACUUUCACGUAUUGUUUUAACACCUUCCAAAAAUCAUGCUCCUUUUACAAUGAAAAGAAGGCAAUUUCCAAUAAAGUUGGCAUUCGCUAUGACAAUAAAUAAGAGUCAAGGGCAAACUUUGAAGAAUGUGGGCCUUUAUCUUCCGAAUCCAGUCUUCUCUCAUGGCCAGCUGUAUGUAGCUCUAUCACAUGUCACCUCCCCAUCAGGCUUAAAGGUGUUGAUUAUUAAUAAACAAGGCAUACCGGAUGAUGUCACCAAAAAUGUAGUUUACAUAGAAGUUUUUAGUGGCAUUGAUUAA